AUUGAGAGAGAAGAAGGCAUUGAAUGGAGGGAGGGGGGGAUUGUUGCAUUUUGCGAGUAAUUUAGAUAGAGUUUAGAAUAGAAAAUGUUGUUGGUUGCCACUGGCCACAAAACCACACACAGUCACGCUGCUUUCUGCUUUUGUUCUGGUGUCCCCGCGGUGGUGAGUGAGUGAGUGAGUGAGCGAGUUCUCAAGUGGACCUCAACCACUCUACUCUACAACUUAACUCUUUCUUCUAUUGCCCAGUCAAACAAAUAAAUUGUAAACAACAAAUCAAAUCAAGUCAUGAAUCAUGAUCCCAAUCCCAACCAAAAUGCAACUGAAUGAAUAAUGGAUUCUCAAAUCCAUAAAUGAUUUAGGGCUUUCAAUUCAUCUUCUUCAGCUGCCAUGUUUUGGGGGAGCAGAACAAGAUUCCACAGUGCUGCUGCCCUUGCCUUUUCCCAAGCAACGGUUCAAUUCAAAGUUGCUGCUUUAGAAUAUUGUUCUUUCUUUAUACCAUACCCGUUGUUCUCAAUAUAACCCAAAACGUACCAACAACUCACAACUUUAUUAUUAUUAUUCUCCAUGAGGCUUCAUCUUCUUCUGCUUCUUCUUCUUCUUCUUCUAUGCUUUUCUGCUCCUCAUGUCAGGGCUCAGUCUAGCCAAGCCCGGUCCCUUGACGCAAUUCUCCAAGAAUACGCCUUCAAGGCUUUGGUCAAACCCAAAACAGGUACCAUUUACAAUGCAACAACAACUCAGCUUCCUUCCAAUUUGACUGGGGUUAAGAUUGCGGCAUUGAGAUUAAGGAGUGGCAGCAUGAGGAGAAGGGGGUUUCCCAGUUACAACGAGUUUGAGAUUCCCAAAGGGGUUAUCGCCAAACCAUAUGUGAAGAGGCUGGUUUUGGUGUACCAAAAUUUGGGGAAUUGGUCCAACAGCUACUACCCUUUGUUGCCCAAUUACACUUACUUGGCUCCAGUCCUGGGAAUCUUGGCUUACAAUGCCUCCAAUUUGUCAGCUACUAAUUUACCAACGCUCGAUGUCAAUGCCUCUGGUGACCCUAUCAAGGUCAAGUUCCACCAUGUCAAACUUCCUCCUCUUGGUGCUGUUGCAAAAUGUGUUUGCUUUGAUUUGCAGGGUUCAUCCAAUUUCACCAAUGUAACAGGAGGCAACACUUGCUCCAGCUCCUCGCAGGGCCAUUUUUCUAUCGUCGUCGAGUCUUCUGCUCUUCCACCACCACCACCAGCAGUGGCUCCAAAUGAGAACAAGACUAGUAGCAACAAGGCUGGGGUUAUUGUGGGGUCUGUCUUGGCUGGACUUGUAUUCUUAGUUUUGCUGAGUUUCCUUGUUUUGUGGCUGCUUAAGUACAAACAAAACAAGAAAAUACAACAGAUGGAAAGGGCUGCAGAUGCCGGAGAAGCGCUUCAUAUGGCCUCUGUUGGGGAUAUUAAAGCACCUGCUGCCACGGUUACUCGAACGCAGCCUACCCUUGAACAUGAAUAUGCGCCCUGACACACACACUCAUAUGUGCAAGCUCCGUCCAUUGCUUUAUUCAUAACUUCUUCCAAACACCUCUUUUUGGUGGUUGUUUGCUUAGGCUCUUCUCUUCCCCUUGGUUACUUUAUACUUUUGGUGGUAAAUGAUAAUAUAGUAUAGUAUAGAUUUUUUGUGUAAAGUAAAUCUGUUUGUUAUUAUCUCCUUUGUGAUUCAUUGUGGUGCGAAUUUAUGUAAAUACGUGAUGAAUUCAGUUGUUGUUCCAUUGACAAGGAAUAAAAAUGUAUCUCCUACUUUUGGGAUUGCUUUUA